AGCGACGUCGGGGCAAGGAGAUCAACAAGUAUGGAGUAGCUUGGAUAUGUCCUGACGCCGCCAGCGCCUUCAGCAAGAGACGCCUUCCCACCGACAGCAUUUCCUCAGAUUCCUCUCUCACUCAUCAUCUCGCUAGUACUGCCCCCUUUGUGUCUUCCUUCCGCGGACGAUCCCCGUCCCCGAGACCUCCUGCGUGUUCCUGGGAGGGCCUCGACGAGCGGCGGAAGGACCCUCUUGCCCAUGCGGCGCUCCCCGAAGGAGUAGUCCGCGAUCUCAGGGAAUCUCAUCGAGCCUCGAGUACAAAUGGCACGUCCGGCGGCUCCUCGCGAGACGUCGAGGGGGGUACGGGGACAGGAGCUUCUAGUCGACGCCCUCAGGAGACCGAAUCGGCCGAGAGGAGCCUUCGCCCAGGGGCCGAAGGGCAGGAGAGCCCGCAGGCCAAGGUCAUCUGUGUGGAGAUCAAGCCCAAGCAAGGUUACAUCGAUCACUCUACGCCCGGUCUUCCCAUGUGUGUCUUUUGUAUCAACCAGUAUGUUAAGCCCGAAAAGUGCCGAGACCGAAGCCGUUACUGCCCUCAGGACUUGUUCUCAGGGGAUUUGACGCGGAUGAGACGCGCGGUUGACGCUCUCAUACAGUCUCCACAGACGAAUUUGAAGGUGUUCGUGGACGGGGAAGCCGUUGAGGACAUCAAACAUUAUAGUUACCUGCGUGACGUGAUUAUUUCGGCUCUCACACACGACUUCGAAUCUCCAGUCGCUCUCCUGCCCCAGGGCGACGACCGAGGAGGCGGAAGAAGAGGAGGGGGGCUCAGUCCUCGCUCUCCCCUCGGCAGGACCUUAGCCUUCCAAAUGCUGGACCAGCUGGGAGUCCUGAGGGCCAAUGCUCUCUACAGACGACUGGCGAAGGAGAUGGGGAGCGCCAAGGACGCAGAUGCAGCCAUCCACGACCUCAGAUGUUGGACGGGAGACGGCCGAUACUGCCAGCUGCUGGAGCAGUGUGGUCGGUGCUGGCACAGCGGACAGCCGUCCUCACGAGACGAGGGAGGCGCGGAGGAGGCGAUCGAGGUGCCGAGGGAUGGUGCUGGGGAAGGUGCAGCGUCGAAAUGCAAAGUGAAGGGUGUAGAUUCAAACAAGGUGACUGAACACGGCGAUUAUUGCAACAAUAGAAAACACAAGACGGCAAGGCGUCACAAGCAGGACACAGGUAUAGAUAUGCACAACUUGGGUGUAAAAAGUUGGCCAAGAAUGAUACCCCCAGAAUUACUGGACAAAUCGCACCGUGGAUCAAAGGAGGUUCAAGAAAAGGGAGAAGGCGCGGCAGACGACAAUGCGGCUGUGACGCGGUCGGAGAUGGUCCGAAGACUGCAGGAAUUCCUUCUGGCUACGACGGCCAAGGACCUGUCACUGAUGGUUCUGCUGAGUGGCCCUCACACCAACCCGCCGCCGCCCGCAACCUGUGGCAAUGUCUCGCCCUUCCCCGUGGCACUCGAGCGCGUCUGGUACAUGUGCCAAGUGACCGGGGUCGACCUCAUCGCCAAACCCCCGAGCAAGAUCAGGAAGAGAGAGCGAGACCACAAGAAGCAGGCGGAUGUCUUGCGGGACCUGAUAGCGAGGGGCGCUGAGCCUUCUUGCUGCAAACCCUGAAAUCUGUUAUGUUAUGCAUUUGCCAUUGUUGAUCUGUUGUUUUUAAGUGCUGUGAUGGUGAUAUGCAGGCGACAGAGAGUGAUAAUGAUGUUUCCGAAAAAGGGAACUUCAGUCUCUGCGAGUUGCUGAAGUUCCCUUCAAGUUCAUUCAUUAUCAAGCCAUAAUUUUAUAUUAGUAUAUUUCGUACUAUUUUUAUAUGUUUCAUUCAAGUGCCAUUGAUUUCUCGUCUUGCCUUUAUAGUGUACAAGAGCGUCCUAGAAGUAUUCAUGUCUUCAAGGAAACUGGCCGAGAAAAUGUCUCCAACUUUGUGAUGUGUAGAGUAGUUACCAGGUUUCCUUUCGUGCCAAAAUAGGUAGUUCAAGUUAUUAGCUAUUAUAUUAUUGUCCAGAUGUAAAACAAUCAUUAUAUAUAUAUAUAU